UCUUUGCUGAAUUUUUAAUCUCUAGUCACCUUAAUGUUUUACAUCCUGUUCAUCACUCUCUCUUAAUUUGCAUAUUGUUCUGCUUCACUCUCUCUUAUUAUAAUUGUUGUUGUUUCUUCGACGCAAUGUGGAAACUCCUCCGUCGCAAAAACAUUCCCAUCACUUCCACUUUCUCGUCACAUUCUUUCUCUUCAAACUCUUUCAAAAACACAAUCACCAUUCUCCAAAUCUUAACAAACCUCAAAAACAACAACAACAACAACAUCAAAAAAGCUACAUCACUCACAAAACAAUACAUCCAAAACUCAAACAAACCAAACAACACAUGUUUUUCCCUCUUCCACGCGCUCAAUUCCAACCUCACUACCACGCCCCAUGCAUUCGAAGUUCUCAUUCUCGCACUCUGCCAAUUAUCACUCAUGGACGAAGCUAUUUGGGUUUUCAAUAACCUAAAUCCUAAUUUACCUACUUUACGCGCCUGCAACACGCUUCUUCAUUCGUUAGUAAGAAAUUCAAGGUUUGAUUCCAUGUGGGAGGUCUAUAAUAACAUGGUGUCACGCGGGUUUUCGCCUACUGCAAUCACAUAUGGAAUUUUAUUGAACUGUUGUUGUAAUCAGGGUGAUUUUAGUAAUGCCCGCAAGGUGUUUGAUGAAAUGUUGCAAAGAAGAAUUGAAGCUAAUGUGGUGGUUUACACUAUUCUUAUUCGUGUUUUUUGUAAUGAGGGUGAAAUGGUAGAAGCUGAGAGGUUUUUUAAGUUGAUGAGGGAAAAUGGGGUUGAUCCGAAUUUGUAUACUUAUGUUACUCUCAUUGAUGGGUAUUGCAAAAUGGGUAAUGUUAAACGUGUUUUUGAAAUUUAUAGUGAUAUGCUAUGGAAUGGCUUGCAUCCUGAUGUUGUGACAUUUGCAAAUUUGGUUGAUGUUUUGUGUAAGGUGGGUGAUUUGAAGACUGCGCGAAGCUGCUUUGUUUAUAUGGAUAAAUUUGGUGUUUUUCCUAAUUUGUAUGUUUAUAAUUGUUUGAUUGAUGGUUAUUGUAAGGCGGGGGAUUUGGUUGAAGCAUUGCAAUUGCGAGUUGAAAUGGAACGGAAUGGAGUUUCCGGUGAUGUUUUUACGUGCAGUAUUCUUGUUAAGGGUUUAUGUGACUUUGGUAGGUUUGAGGAAGCUAAGGAUUUGAUGGAGGAGAUGGGAAAAACAGGGGUUUUUGCUAAUGUUGUGACUUGCAAUGUGGUUAUUGAUGGAUACUGCAAAAUGGGUGAUAUGGAGAAGGCUAUCGAGGUGUGUUCACAAUUGACCGAAAGGAAGAUAGAACCCAAUGCGAUCACUUUUUCUACAUUGAUUGAUGGGUUUUGCAAGAAAGGGAACAUAAAAGCUGCUAUGGGGUUAUAUACAGAAAUGGUUAUCAAAGGUCUUGUGCCUGAUGUGGUGACUUACACAGCUUUAAUCGAUGGCCAUUGCAAGGUUGGGAACAACAAAGAGGCUUUUGAACUGCAUAAGGAGAUGCUGGAUGCGGGACUAACGCCGAAUGCAUUGACAGUUACUUGUUUGAUUGAUGGCCUUUUGAAAGAUGGAAGGACUUACCGUGCAAUCAAACUUUUCUUGGAGAAAACUGGAGUUGGUUGCCCUGGAAGUAAAAUGGAUCAUAGCAGGUUGUGUUCUCCUAAUGAUGUUAUGUAUGCCGCUUUAAUUCAAGGUUUAUGUAAAUAUGGGCACGUAUUUAAGGCCAGUAAGUUUUUUGCAGAAAUGAGAGGUAGUGGUUUCAAACCAGACAUGGGGCUUUAUGUUAUCAUGUUGGAGGCACAUUUUCGAUCCAAGCACAUGAUUGAUGUAAUGAUGUUGCAUGCAGACAUGCUGAAGAUGGGUGUUAUGAGAAAUAGUUCUAUAUAUCGUGUAUUGUCUAGGGGCUAUAAAGAGAAUGGAGAUCUUAAACCAGCUCAAAUGUGUUUUGAACAUUUAAUGGAUUAUGACAUUCAGUAUCAUGAAUCAUGAAGGUGCAUGUUCUGAUUCCUUGCAAUGGAUGCGAAUUUGAACCCCUUUACUAGGUAUGCUGCUUGAGUUAUAAUACAAUGACAAAGGAAUCUGAUCAAGUUGAUUAAAUCGCGAAUGCCACUGGUGCAUGAUAUAUUGCAAUGGAAUUUUUAACAAGCCAUUGAUUUUUCACUCCAGUUAUUCCUUUGCAUCUCUCUUUGCGUAUUUGGUAAUUGAGCAUUUGUUGGCACAUUAAACAAAAACCUGUCCUGAUCAUGCCAAGAUUUAAAUCACGGCCAUAUUGCGAUUUCUGGAAAUAUUGAAGAACAUUGCCGUCUCCUACAUGGUUGAUGGGGCCACAGUUGCAGUCGCAGAGGACAUCAAAUACUUCAACGUUGAUCCACAACUUUGGCCACAGUUGCAGUCAUGGACAGUUUGUGUUAUAAAUCCAUGGUCAUGCACAUAGUAGCAUCACUACAAAACAAUCCAUACAUAGGCUUAUUAAUCAUUGAAGGUGAUUUAGUUUCCUACUUUUUCAGCUCGAGACAUGGGAAGAUUAUACUGGCCUUGGAUUUUUUAGGCUUCAUUGUCAUCAACUUGAAAGCAAGGACACAGGGGAGCUGAUAUAUUCAGACAAGAGUAUAUGAGGAACACCCUCUCAGUUUUCUUUGAACUAAACCCGUACUUAAGUAAACUCGAAGUGAUCUCUCAUGGGAAUAAUUUCUGAUUGAUUUGUAUAAACAACCAGCUUGUGACUAUGAGCCAUGAAGGAAGUUGAUGUCUCCAAGACUGCAACUGUCUGACAUUACUUGUGGAAUGUAAUUGAAAGAAAGCUUUGGAGAGAAGGUUUAAAUGUGUCUUUUUUAUUUCAAGAAUGCUUUGAGAUGUGUCACGGAAUUGAAAACAACAAUUAUUGAUGAAUAAUUUUGUAAUGACAUAUGUAGACUUUUAAAAUUGAUAUGUAUUAUUAUCUAAUUGUACUCUUUAUUAAUUUGUUUCACAUUUUUUUAUUCAUUGAUUAA